AGCUUCCGCCUCCUUCCUGGCCCCCCUCCGGACCUCCCCGGGGAGGCUCGGCGGGUGUGGACCGGACUGAGGUGGAACGAGUUCUGUAGCUCAGACGGCAGCCCCGGUGGUUUCGGGUGUGAGGGCAGGCCCAGCUGGAGAAGCCGAUCAGGGCGGACGAAGCCGGCGCUCCUGGGUCUGGGUGGAUCCUGGUCGGAGCGUAACUCUUGGUAGGGAGCCCCGGAAGCCACCCGCUGAAAAAGAUGCCUGGCUUCAACAGAUUGUUUCCCCUGGCUUCCCUCCUGCUCAUUUUGUGGGCUGGUGUCUGCUUCCCUGUGUGUGUGGAAGUGCCCUCGGAGACGGAGGCCGUUCAGGGCAAUCCCAUGAAGCUGCGCUGCAUCUCCUGCAUGAAGAGGGAGGACGUGGAGGCCACCACGGUGGUGGAAUGGUUCUACAGGCCCGAGGGCGGUAAAGAUUUCCUUAUCUAUGAGUAUCGGAACGGCCACCAGGAGGUGGAGAGCCCCUUCCAGGGACGCCUGCAGUGGAACGGGAGCAAAGACUUGCAGGACGUGUCCAUCACUGUGCUCAAUGUCACCCUGAACGACUCCGGCCUCUACACCUGCAACGUGUCCCGGGAGUUUGAGUUUGAGACACAUCGCCCCUUCGUGAAGACCACCCGGCUGAUCCCCCUCCGCGUCACCGAGGAGGCUGGAGAGGACUUCACCUCUGUGGUCUCAGAAAUCAUGAUGUACAUCCUCCUGGUCUUCCUCACUCUGUGGCUGCUCAUCGAGAUGAUAUAUUGCUACAGGAAGGUCUCAAAGGCCGAAGAGGCAGCCCAAGAAAAUGCGUCUGACUACCUGGCUAUCCCAUCGGAGAACAAAGAGAACUCUGCGGUACCAGUGGAGGAAUAGAAGGGGGCAACUGGAGGUGGCCUGAACACUGAAGUGCUGGCUAUCCCAUGUUCAGUGAUGUCAACAGCGUCAGGAGGGUGCCCCAGGGGCCACAUCACUUCCCUUCACGCGUCCAUCCUUCAGUUCAUUCAUCAUACAUCCACUCACCUCUGAACUGUCACCUCUGACUUGCUAACUCCAUCAGACCUCCACACACCACAAGACUUUGCCAGAACCGAGGAGCCAACAUUUCUACACGACUCAACCUCAGCCUGCCCUUGCUUUCAAGCAAGCAGCUCCCAUGCCAACUGGACCCCUCCCCUGUGCUCCACCCGACUUUGAACACGUGCUGGAGUCGGCAAAUCCAUGGGCCCCUUUCUUGCUGGAGCCGGCUCAUUCUCCAUUGCCGCAAGUGAAUGGAGGUCUUAACGGAAGGAAGCUGGAGUGAUUAGUUUGGGUUAAAGCAAAAGAGUGUCAUGAAGUGGGAUUCCUUGAAGUCAGUUUUUCUAAGUUCCUGGCCCACUGGCUGGAGCAUCAGAGCAAAGCAUGCCUUUCUAGGCCCUCCAGUGAUAGAAAGUUCACUAAGCAUGGACUAAAAGGUUCUCUGGACCAUGGUGCUCCAGGGCUAGAUCCCAAGAGGUCUCAAAGGCCUGGGUUAGUGUCAGUCCUUCAAGAAGCCGAGGGCAGGGGACUUGGGAAGUCAUACAACAUGCUCAUGAUGCUCCUGGGGCAACGUGUGUGUGCCUUGCCAGGUGAACACACCACCGGAGAUGGCUGGGUGCCAUUGUUUUCCUGUGGGCACUGGGACUGAAAUUCCCAAGUUCUUCCUCUCAAAAUUUCUGUAAGUCAGUAGUAUUACUCAUACAGGAGGCAAUGGAGACUCAGACAGGACUCCACUGAUAAGAGACUUCAAAGGAUAAACUGGAGCAGAUAGAAGCCUAGGGCGCUGUCCAGUUUACACUUCCCGAGAUGGGAUAAUUUUGUUCUGGAAAAGACUUCGAAAUUGAGUUUGGCCAUGGCACAGAACUGAGUGGAUUGCCUGGCUGAGGUUAGCUCUGAUUCAGGUAAUUAGAAAUUGGCCAAAAAGGCAGAGAGAAGGAUGGGAGGUAGAUUUGAAGAAUUUCUUUAGUGAAAAGAUUUGUGAAUCUGAGACGUCUUCCAGGAGGGGAAUGCAUCUGGGAAUGGCAUUUAACUAAGAAACAUGUUUUUAGUCUGAGAUAGAUGAUGGCAAAUGAGUGACGUGAUAGAGGAGGGACAGGCUAGAUGGCUUCCAAAUAUUUCACCUGUGAAUUCAUAAUGUCCAGUUUUUUGUUUGUUUUUGUUUUUCUCCCUAGAUGUUAGGAGAGCAGAUGAACACUGGAAACAUUUUAGUCAAUAUCUCAUGUUUCACUUUGAGUAACUGGUGUAAGUGUGGUGUCCUUCCGCACCUCGUGAUGAGAGGGGGAAGGAUGCUUUACGGGAUGUGAGAAGAUGAAUGGGACUGGGAUUCGAUGAACAAGAUGUCCCUCAGAUCCAGGGGAAUCUAUGGGGAAAGAUCCCACUCUCUUGGCUUUGGGCCUCACCUGACAAACUCAGUUCAUCUCUGCCACCCCUGGGAAAGCACUUGAAUUAGUCCUUGUUCACAUAUUCGAGAGUCUGAUUUUAUUGAAGAAAAUACUUUCAAGAAAUUCAAGGCUGUUCUCAUUGGUAAUUUCCCACACUAUCUCUCUGAAAUAGGGGACAGAAUAUAGAUUUUCCUUACUUUCCUGUGAGGAAAACAGGCCUGGAUUACUGUGAGGUUUUCCCAGUCACGUGGCUGGUGGAUGACAAGCCUGCCGCAGAAACUACUUUCUACCACUCCACUGCCCUCUUGCUUCAGUAGACCACGCAUCUAACUUGUGAUCUAGAAUGCACGUUUGCUUUUUUUUUCCUUUUUAAAAGCCCAACUCAGAUAUUUCCUGAGUGAUUUUUAAUGAAGCUGAAUGGUACCUCUCUUUUUUUCUUAUCCUUUACAAGUAAUCUUCUCUAGUCUUUUCCUCCUCCUAACUUCUCAACUCUUCUCAUCUUUAAUGCUUUCUUUAUUAAGCUAUAUAAUUUACCAAGCAUUUUAAUUAUCUUAUUUCUUCUCCACAACUAGCUCUGUGAGGUGGAUAUUGCUAAUAUGUUAACAAAGGAAGAAACACACUGCCUGAGGCUAAGAAGCUUUACCAAACCAUAAGCUCAUAUAGUUGGUAAAUGGAGAGCUGGAAUUCAGGUCUUCUGAGCCCUAGCCCAGCUCUCUUUCCACUGAGACCAUAGCUGCUUCCUUUCCUCUCACUUUUUUUUUUUUUUUUUACUUCCAUCUAAUCUUUGCCUCUCUUGCUUGUCCUGAGAUGUUAAACAUCUUCGCUCACUCCUAAUCCCACUCGAUUGCUCCUCUACCACUUUGCUUCUUGGUCCGUGCUGAAAAUGUGCUUUCAGAGUCUUAAUCUCAUGUUCGUUUCCCCUUUCUCGUUGGUUUGUACCUCAUUAUUUCUCCUGAAUUGCAAUUAAACUCCUUCCUGGGAGACUUGAUCAUGACUAUAAAUCCACAAGGUACUGUGGUCACCAGCCCACUUCAAAUCCUCACUCACUCCCCGUUCCUCCGCAUAUUCCUACCAAGGACCCAGAUAAACGUGCACUGCUCCGGAAGCUUUAUCUGGCAUGCUGUUCUUAUUAAAGGGCUUAGAAAUGUUCUCAAGGGCUAUCAUCACUCUAGGAACCCCACCUGUUGUCUUGGUGCUGGAUAUUUCCCCUGACUGAUGCUUAAUAAUACAAUUCACUCAAGGCCAGCUCGGCUGGGUCUGGUUUUCCCUUCCCUUGGGCUUAACAGCCAUGACCUUCAUUGCUCAAGUCUGCUGGCCCUGUGAGCACCUUGCCCUACUGACCUUUGCCAUCAGCUCAGCCCUGCAUCGCAGCCCCAACGCCUGUGUGGAAAUACCUUGACGGUCAGCACCUGUCCCGACACUAGCCUUUAUUUUCAGGCCAUCUAAAAGCACUGUCCUUUAGAGUCACCAUCCCCAAACACCCACACACCCGGAUCUCUGAUUCUCUGAGUUUCCGGUUUCUCCUUAGAUGCCAAACUAGAAAUGUUAGUAGGAAAGGAAUUUUUCAAAGCAGGAAUAUGCUGGAAAUAUGUAUAGAGCUAUGAAUGGUUAAGAGAAGAGAUAGUACCUCCUUUUCUUCCCCCAAAACUACGGGAUCAGAAAGGAAAAUAUGCCCAUCUCAGAAUCUGUGAACCCACCUGACAUAAAUCAGAGAAAAGGCCGUGUAACUGCAUCUUGGCAGGAAGAAGCAGCAAGGAGCUAGACCCAUUUCAGGAUAUAUCUUGGCUCCCCUUCCCAAGUGGAAAUGGAAAAAUAAAACAAAAACCACCUUCCUCUCCCCUCCUUUUGUAAAUGAAAAGCCCCCAACCCAGUGAACCCUCCUAGUCACGGCAAACGUACCUGUGUAGUACUUGGUGCGCCAUUACUCCGAUCAUGCAUUCAUUCUGCGUUUCAGCUCCCUCUCUGCGUCCAUUACUCCGAUCAUGCAUUCAUUCUGCGUUUCAGCUCCCUCUCUGCGUCAGGCAGCAGUCUAGACCCUGACUGUGCCCUGUGCUCUUAGGUUUUAAAAAUAUCAUCAUCCAAGCCUUUCCUAGUCUCUUAAAACUCUACCAUGGUAGACGACUCAUGUUUGGCGCCCCUCCCCUUACUUGAGGCUGUAGUAGGACCCAGGAGAUGUACACUUGAAGCGAGUCUGAGCUGUAGCUCAGACUCAACCCCUAUCAUAGGCCAGCUAAGCCUCAAAGCUGGUAUUACUCUUUUUUGGGCAGAGUGACAGGGAGGGAGGCACCGAAGGACGAGUGCUUGUGGGUUUGUGAGGCACCAAACACAAUCAGCAAACUCGUACAGCCAUGGAACUCGUCACCACGUUGUCACCUUCAUGUGGCUUCUUCUUGACUUUCCACAGCCAAGCUUUUUCUGAACUUUAGAAAUGUUGUUCCUGACCACGCAAGCUCUCAACAACCUAAUGCCUGUACGCGGUGUUUUUCAGUGAACUCCCUGUUCACGUCAAUAAAGUGUCUCUGAACCCUGCUG